GCGAAGUAGUUGAGGAAAUACAGAAAUUGUUGAGGAAAAAAGAAAAAGAAAACGGCUUGCCUACCAUAUUAGAUAACGUCAGAGCCGUAAUUACUAAAAGGCGCGCAGAGUGUGUCUAUAUAUUUUGUUUCGUGCUUUACCGUGUGUGUUGUGCACAUUUAGCACGCACACACACACGAAAUUACCCACCCACCAAAUAGCUGAUGUAAAAAGAAAAAAGUUUAAUUUAAUUACAAGCAAUCAAAGUGUUUUUGAUAAUUAACCAAAGAGCCUGUGAGCUGUAGUGCAACUGGCUGCAAAAGAAACGAGUGCUACGCAAGUGUACGUGAAAUUGUAGCGUAGUUCUUGUGGGUAAUGCAAAAAAAUUGAUUUUUCCACAAUUGAAAUUGGGAGACCAAGCACACAACCCACCGACGACGACGACCUGUGCAUGCGUGCUUCUUUCUACGCGCGCGUUUGUGUGUGUGUGUGAGUGUUUGCGUAUCCGUGUGAGGGUGUCAGUGGCCUGUGCCCCAAACACAGAUUGCUCUGCCAAGUGAUCCAAGCGUCGACCAGCGAACAAAGAAAAGAAAAACGAACCAAAAGCAAAGCUGCAUUGCUGCCACACGCCCGCAACGCAGAUCUGCAACUCUUGCCUUUGCCUUGCAUGCAAUGAAUAUUGUCGGAGAGUAUGAGUACAGCUCGAAGGAUAUGCUUGGCCAUGGCGCCUUUGCUGUGGUCUAUAAAGGACGUCACCGUAAGAAACAUAUGCCAGUUGCCAUAAAAUGCAUCUCGAAAAAGGGUCUAAUCAAGACACAGAAUUUACUGGGAAAGGAGAUCAAAAUACUGAAGGAGCUCACCGAAUUGCAUCACGAGAAUGUUGUGGCCCUCUUGGAUUGCAAGGAGUCGCAGGACUGCGUUAAUUUGGUCAUGGAGUACUGCAAUGGCGGCGACUUGGCGGAUUAUCUGAACAUGAAGGGCACACUGAGCGAGGAUACAGUUAGACUGUUUCUCAUACAACUAGCUGGUGCCAUGAAAGCGCUAUAUACCAAAGGAAUUGUGCAUCGUGAUCUCAAGCCACAAAACAUAUUGCUGUCGCACAAUUAUGGCAAAGCACUGCCAGCACCAUCGAAAAUAACAUUAAAAAUUGCUGAUUUUGGUUUUGCGCGUUUUCUGAACGAAGGUGUCAUGGCGGCUACACUAUGCGGCUCGCCGAUGUAUAUGGCACCUGAGGUCAUCAUGUCGCUGCAGUAUGACGCUAAAGCUGAUCUCUGGUCACUGGGAACUAUUGUCUAUCAGUGUCUGACUGGGAAGGCACCGUUUUAUGCACAAACGCCCAACGAAUUGAAAUUCUAUUAUGAGCAGAAUGCUAAUCUGGCGCCCAAAAUACCCAGCGGUGUUUCGCCAGAUUUGCGCGAUUUGUUGCUCUGCCUGCUGCGUCGCAAUGCCAAGGACAGAAUUUCGUACGAGAGUUUCUUUGUGCAUCGAUUUUUGCAGGGAAAGAAAGCAGCUGCAUCGCCGGUUGAUAUGCCGCCAUUGGGAGGUACCCCGCCCACCAAGGGCAAGAGUCCGUUGCAGCAGCAACUCGAGAAGGAAUUGCAUUUGCAAAAACUCGCUGAGGAGCAGCAACGACAGAAGGAGGACGAAGAUGCAGCCGAGGAAGAAAAUGCGGUUUCCGUUGUAGCCAAUCCGGCUAUAUGCGCCACCAUCACCAAUGUGGGCGUUCUCUGCGACAGCGAGAACAACAGCGCAUCGUCAAGCUCGCAUGAGGACUCUGAUGACUUUGUGCUUGUACCCAAGAAUUUGCCGGAGGAUCAACAGAUUAUUGAUUAUGAGAAACGACAUGGAGGCGGGGGAAAUGCUAAUCGAGCACAGAUACAGCAGCAACAGCAGCCACAACAACAAAAUCAAUCCAGUCCGCCACGACCCAGUAGUCUGCCCAUUUCAGAGCCAAAGCCAGUGCCGGCGCCAGCGCGUCGUCAUGCUAACGAUAAAGUGCUAACCAUGGCUGGGUCACCGGCCAAGCAAUCACAGGCCAUGCCACUGACCGUGGCCACAUUGACCGCACCCCAUCAGAUUCCACGGUCGCAGCCCAUUAGUGUGAAGCAACCGCGUGCCGAUCAACGCAAGAGCAGCGUCAGCAGUGACAUCAAUUCCAUUUCGCCGCCUGCAGUGCAAUUCGCCAUUGGCACGCCGCCCACACGUCAUCGGUCCGCAUCGGGUGGUUCGCUGUCAGAGACGCCACCGCCGCAUGCGCCAUCCACUUGGCAGGUCUCCCCGGGCCAUUCGCAAUCGCCGUUGCGUCGCUCGGGCAACAGCUCCCCGGUGCUUCCGUCCGCUGCGCUCUCCAAGCUGCCCACCUUGGGCAGCCCUACGCUGCUGGUGGCGCCCGGCUCCCUCGGCUCCAUUGGUUCAGCGGGCAGUGGCUCGGAGAAUAACAAUCAGCACCAUAUGCUUGGCCCACGGGCCUUUACACUCCCCGAACUGGGCGCCACAGGUGGCCUACAGAGUCUUUUGGACACGGGAGCGGGUGUGCCAGGCAGCGGUGGAGCGCACGAGCAACAUGCAUUCCAGGCGCCCGAAUUGUCCGAGGAGACGCUGAUGGAUCGCGAACACAACGAGACGCUCUCAAAGCUGAACUUUGUGCUCGCGCUCACCGAUUGCAUUCAGGAGGUGGCCGAUUCGCGCUGUGCGCCGCUCUCCACACUGAUGGUUGCUGGCAGCAAUGCUGCGGCCACUGAACAGCAAAUACCGCCACAUGCUCCGGAGCAUUGCAAGCGAGCGGAGCGUCUGGUUUUGUUGGUGCGCGCCCUCCAAUUGUUGUCUUCCGGCCUGAAUUUGGCCUCCCAACAGUUGCGCACCGGCCAAUUGAAGCCAUCGUCGAAUGUCAAGAAUGCGCUGCUUACCAUGAACUCCAAGUACCGCAGCAUACUGUUCGAAUCCAAGCGUCUGAAUGGCAGCGGUCUAUUGCAAAAGGCAAAUGCAUUUAAUAUAACGGCUGACAAGAUACUCUACGACUAUGCGUUGGAUAUGUGUCAAGCCGCCGCCUUAGAUGAGCUGCUCAAGAAUACCAAGAAUUGUUUCGAACGCUACAAUACCGCGCACAUUCUACUCCACUCACUGGUCCAAAAAUGCAAUCAUCCGCAAGACAAAAUGCUGUUGAACAAAUAUCGCGAUGCUGUUGAGAAGCGUUUAAGCAUAUUGCAACAGCAUGGAUAUAUCUAUGUGACCGAUGAGAACGCCUAAGCAGCAGGAACUGGAACAAUAGAAAGCAGCAACAAACGACAGUCUUUGUCGUCGUUUCCUUAAGUUAUUUACCGUUUUAUUUGAGCGUGUGCAACAUGUGAUUUAAACAAAACUACACUAACAUAUACAUUUUGAAAUCAAUAA